ACAACAACCUGCACACACACCGGCCCUUUCUGGAUUAGAUUGGACACCCCUGGCAUAACCGAUCGGUGGCCAUUGAACCAUUCCAAUGUCGGUGCCUAUUAUCUUGAGGGGUCUGGUGGCGGACUGAGGACACCUCCAACUCCUCUCAGCCUCCUCCAACACCUCCCAAACCUUCAUUCAGGGAUUUGGUCCAUGGCGGAUCCAAACCGACCCACCCAGCGGAAGAUGUCCACAGCUGGGGACAGCUUGUACGAGAUCCUGGGACUUGAGAAAGGAGCAUCAACGGAAGACAUUAAAAGAGCCUACAGGAAACUGGCGCUGAGGUAUCACCCAGAUAAGAAUCCAGAUAACCCAGCAGCUGCUGAAAAGUUCAAGGAGAUCAACAACGCCAAUUCCAUACUGAGCGAUGAGACCAAGCGAAAAAUCUACGAUGAGUAUGGCUCCAUGGGGCUGUACGUGGCUGAUCAGUUUGGGGAGGAGAGUGUCAAGCACUACUUCCUACUAUCCACGUGGUGGUGUAAGGCUCUGCUCUCGUGCGGCUUUAUUUUCACCUGCUGUUUCUGCUGCUGCUGCUGCUGUUUCUGCUGUGGGAAGUGCAAGGAUCCUGAGGAUGAGAUGGACUUCCAGUACAUGGACCCAGAAGACCUGGAGGCCCAGAUCAGGGCAGAACAGGAUGAAGGAACAGACCCUGUGAUAAUGGUUCAACCAAUGCCCAGCCCAUCUUCUGAAAACUCAGGACCUGAUGUCCCUGUCAUGACCCAGCCAAAUUCUGUCAACAGCACUUAAGACCACAGAUCUCACAAAUGCCACUGAGCCGUGACCCAGAGACUCAGAACCCAGCUUGUGCUGCCCCGCACCACCACCUUUCUGUUUCCAUUUGCUAACAGGGAACUAUUUGCCUUGUCUUUUGUUUAUUUCCUUUUUUUGAGAAUAGAUUUUCCUAUUACUUUUGGCCCCCUGUGUAGGAAGGACACCUCUCCCUGGACACUGAUGUUGUGGCAUGGGAGAAGAACAAUCAAGACGUUCAAAAAUUAAUCAUACAUUGCAUGUGGCAGCUCCUGCACCAGUUUAGCACAAUCUUGUUCAUAUUUACAACACAGAUCCUUAGAGUGAAUUGGCACAAGCACACACAUACAUGCAUGCACACACACGUCAAAUGGUCUCCCUGCCAAGUCUAGUGUUUCUGAACCAUAGGCUACCAGCCAUUGUUCAAGUGCCAUUACUGCAAAAACGAAAACGAAAAAAAAAAGAAAAGUGUUCCAGACUUUCUUACAGACUGAAAACAAAAUAGUUGUUUUACAAUUGGCCAAUAAUUCAAAUUCAAUUAAUUUAAUGAGUCUUUGAUCAAAUAUAAAAGCUUGUGGUUUGACUACAUUUGAAGUUUUCUGAAGUUAAGAGUGAUUGGUGAAUCUGAUGCCAAAGUGACAAAUUGUGCCACUCCAAAUACUUAUGGAGUGCACUGUCUAUUUGGAAAUGUUAAAACUCUUAAUAUAAUGGUAAACUUAUCUUAAUGAAAAUAAUGUUUCAUUUAAAAUUGCCAAAGUGAAGGAAUUCUACUGCUGUUAUGGUAUUUAAAACAUCCAUUCAGUGGCACUAUGGCAUGUCUCCCAGCUGUCUUCAGAAAGACCUUAAGUAAUGUGCUGAAGGGGAAUGGCCCUAAGAUGCAGCUCACUAGACAUGCCAAAUCUAUCUACUUUUGAAGUCUGAGCACUGAGAACAUGAGUAGUCAUUUUAAUGCUUAGUAUGGCACCUUUUUAAUUGGCAAUAUGGCGCCAAAAUCAUAUACCACUGAUUUGUGCCACUUUGCCAAAGCAAAAUUACAGGUACUGACUCAAAUUUAUGCAAACCACCACCAUCAAGCUUUAGGGAAGAACUGUUUUGCACUGAAUAUUUUAUGUCCGGGUUUAAUAGCAAGUGCACUGAUACUUCAUCUGUAUCACUGGGGGGGAAACUGUUGAAUUCCAAGGGGAAUGUUUUAAUUGAAUGUGUAAUCAAAACUUUUACAAAUCUGAUUGUAAACUUGUAUAUAUUUAUAUGAUUAUUUAAUACUAAAUAAAAAAAGUGGGAUGGGG